ACCAUUGGCUCUCCCGCUGACCAAUCGCCACAGCCUUCCCGAGCUCUCCAUUCCCUUAGCCCCUCCAACCCCGGGAGAUUUAAACUGCACUUCGUGAGCGAUUAUGACCCUUUAGGAUAUCUGGGGAGAUUUGUUUGGAUGCAGGGUGUUUUAAACGUUUCUCUUUCCUUGCUUCUUUCUGGUGUCGUAACGUGGGUCUUUUCCUCUUCGUUUUACUUGACUUCGGUUGGAAAUGGAGCCUUCUCCACUGGUAUGGCAGAUGUUGAGACGAGACAGAAUCUGCUUCCCCAGAAAGGAAGUGUGUGAAGAAUCUUUGUACUCUGGGAUUGAGAUGGUGAGUGUGGGAGUCAGCACAGAGCCCUACCAUGCCAGGUGGGAGGUAGAGACAGAUGAAAUUGUUCUGCAGCGGCGGCAAAAACAGAUAGAUUAUGGCAAGCGCACACCUGGUUACCAGUGUUUUCUGCAGCAGGUCCCCAAGGCAAAGCGACAGCCAGGACUUCACCCUCAAACACCAAACAAGAGGAGGAGGUACAGCCGUCGCUCCUGGGAUGCCCAGAUCAGGCAGUGGAGAAGAGCCCUACAUUCCUGGGACCCCCCCCAGCCAGCCCCUGCAGGGCAGGUUUCUGAGGGGCAGGGAAUGGAGUGUCUCUUAGAGCCAAUGGGUUCCACUCGUUUGGAUGACCUCCUGGAUGACUGGUUCCAGGUCCUGUAACCCUCAGUGGAUGGAGACCAGAAGGGAGCCCAGUUUGCAGACUUGGUGGCUCCUGCCUACUCCCUUCCCUGGCUCUCUGAGGAAGAUCCCCACCACUGGUUCUACUUCCUAGUUGAUCACAGUUAUUUAUCUGUCCCAGAUUUGAGUGGGGCACAAAAUAUUUAA